UAAAAUGGAAGAAUAUGAAAUAUGUAAUGAUGGCAAAGUUUUAGUUCUUUCCCAAUUAAUAUAUCCUCCUUUAUCUGUUGCGAGAGAGCGAACUGCGAAGUGUGAGCCAUGGAAGUGACACUGCCUCCCUCAUCUUCUUCUUCUCUCUCUAUAAUCCCUUCAUUAUCUGCUAAACCCCACAAAACUCAUUUCAAAUUCACCCUAAACUUUCCCAAUAAAUCAUCUGAAAACCUCUGCUCUACCAUCUCUUCUUCCAAAUACUGUUGUACUUGCCGAAACAGAGCAACUUCAGUAACAGCUUCUUCUUAUUCACCUAUUACACCCACUUCUCCAUCAUCUUUGCACACUUCUUCUAACACCCAACGCCACUGGAUGGUGCUUAUGGAAACCCCGCCCAAUGGGGUCAGUUCCAAACCUGAGGUCAUUGAUUACUAUGUUCACACCCUUCAAAGAGUUUUGGGCAGUGAGAAGGAUGCUCAAAUGUGCAUAUAUAUUGCUUCUUGUAAUGUCCCAUAUGGAUUUUGCUGUGCCAUUGAUGAGGAGGUAGCUGAUGAGAUUGCUGGUAUGCCUGGGGUACUAUCAGUUAUACCUGACCCUGAUUUUAACUCAAUGGUGAAAGACUAUAGCUACCCGAAGGGUCAGUUAAGUUCCCUAUCAACUUCAUACACUGAAGGCUCAUCAUUAUUUCCGGCUGGCACUUCUAAACAUUGGCUUGUUCUAAUGGCCAGGCCAUCUGUUGGAGUCAUAAGAAAAGCCCCGGUUGUCGACUAUUACGUUCAAGUUCUAACCAAAGUUCUUGGGAAUGAGAAGGAUGCACAGAUGUGCUUAUAUCAUGUGUCCUGGCAAUCCAAUUAUGGAUUUUGUUGUGAAUUGGAUGAGGCAUGUGCUCAAGAAUUAGCUGGAGUACCUGGUGUUCUAUCUGUACAGCCAGAUGAAAAUUUUGAGUCAGACAAUAAAGACUAUGGAGGUGGGAAUUUGAAGCUGAGUGAAGAUUCCCAGGAAUCUGCAGCACCAAAGGGGGAAACAGAUGUUAUAACCAAGAAGCUUUUUGUGACUGGUCUGUCGUUCUAUACAUCUGAGAAAACGCUGCGUGCAGCAUUUGAAGGCUUUGGUGAACUAGUUGAAGUUAAAAUCAUAAUGGACAAAAUCUCCAAGAGGUCGAAAGGUUAUGCUUUUGUUGAGUACACAACUGUGGAGGCCGCAAAUGCUGCUCUCAAAGAGAUGAAUGGCAAGAUCAUUAAUGGCUGGAUGAUAACAGUUGAUGCUGCUCGGACUAAUCCUCCAAAAUACAGCAGAGGACGACCCGGAUCAGCUAGGUAAUAAUAUAGAAGAGAGACUAGAUAUGGAGAAGGAGAGGGAGAGGUAUUAUGUAAAGAUCAGAGAGAUUAGAUGUCAGCAUUUUUUGGACAUACAGGGAACUUAAAAUCUGGUUUGGAGCCUUCAGGGAACGAGCUACAUGGGGAAGAUUACCAUUGUGUUUUCUUUGCAUGAUUCUGUCCAAAUAUGCCCUUGUAAAUCAUUCACUGCUCAAAUGAUUGAGCCAGUUUUGAAGGCCAUGUAGUUAGAGGUGGAUCCCGGAUUUAAACUUGGUGGGUUCAAUCUUUAUGUUCUCAUGUUGAACCCGUUGCACUUUUUAAAAUUACUAGUUUUAAGCGUGUGUAUCCUGUAUCAAUGAAUGUGUAUUUUUUUAAAAUUAUCUAAAUGUUAUUAAAUGA